UGUGUAGCUACUAAUAACCUGAAAUCAUCAUGCCCGGCGAAACAACCGUGUUAUUAGUGUAUUUAUGAUGAACAAAAGCACGUAGCUGUCUUUGUGAAGCUGUUGGCAGAGUGACGGAGUGUCUAACCCUGUCGUCCGGGGAGGGUUUAUCGCAGCUGGAGUGAUUGUGUUGCUGCUCCGAGGCCUCGUCGCAGAGAAAGUCUCGUACAACCGUCCCCGGGAUUUCAUGUUGAAGUCGUCUGGUUUGGAGGGUCCGAAUUGAGUGUUUUCCCGUCGGAAGAUGGACACUGACAAAUUUAACUAUGUCUACAGCUGUGACUUGGAUAUUAACGUUCAACUUAAGAUAGGUAGUCUGGAAGGGAAGCGAGAACAGAAGAGCUACAAAGCUCUUCUGGAGGACCCGAUGCUGCGGUUCUCAGGCCUGUACCAGGAGAACUGCUCGGACCUCUACGUCACCUGCCAGGUUUUUGCGGAGGGGAAACCGCUGGCCCUGCCCGUCCGCACGUCAUACAAAGCAUUCAGCACACGUUGGAACUGGAACGAGUGGCUGCGGUUGCCGGUCAAAUACCCAGACCUUCCCCAGAAUGCUCAGGUUGCUCUCACCGUGUGGGACAUCUAYGGACCCGGCAGAGCCGUCCCUGUUGGGGGAACCACUGUCACACUGUUUGGCAAAUACGGUAUGUUCCGGCARGGGAUGCACGACCUGAAGGUCUGGCCCGGUGUGGAGGGCGACGGAGGGGAGCCCACCACCACACCGGGACGCACCAGCAGCAGCCUGGCGGAGGACCAGAUGGGCAGACUUGCCAAGGGCCCUGACCUGGAGGUACUCAGUGAUCUGACGAAGGCUCAUCGGCAGGGCCACAUGGUGAAGGUAGACUGGCUGGACCGGCUGACCUUCAGAGAGAUCGAGAUGAUCAACGAGAUUGAGAAGCGCAGCUCGAACUUCAUGUACCUCAUGGUGGAGUUUCCUCGYGUCAAAACAAACGACAAGGAGUACAGCAUCGUCUACUAUGAGAAGGACGGGGAUGAAGCGUCUCCCGUUCCCACCAGCUCUGACAUCGUUAAAGUCCCCGACCCACAAAUGGGGAUGGAGAAUCUGGUGGAGAGUAAACACCACAAACUGGCUCGUAGCCUUCGCAGCGGGCCGUCGGACCACGACCUGAAGCCUAACGCUGCCACACGAGACCAGCUCAACAUCAUUGUAAGCUACCCUCCAACCAAGCAGCUGAGCUCUGAGGAGCAGGAUCUAGUGUGGAAGUUCAGAUACUACCUCACCACWCAGGAAAAGGCGCUGACAAAGUUCCUGAAAUGCGUGAACUGGGAUCUGCCACAGGAGGCCAAACAAGCUCUGGAGCUGCUGGGGAAGUGGAGGCCCAUGGACGUGGAGGACUCGCUGGAGCUGCUAUCCUCCCAUUUCACCAACCCGACAGUGAGGCGCUACGCYGUGGCUCGCCUGCAGCAGGCUGACGAUGAGGACCUGCUGAUGUACCUGCUCCAGCUGGUGCAGGCGCUCAAGUACGAGAACUUCAGUGACAUCCAGGGCGGCUUGGAGCCAGGGAGCAAGAGAGAGAGCCAGGGACUUUCAGAUGACCCCACGCUGGACAGCUUGCAGAGCCUUUCGGCCACAUCCGGACCGUCCUCUGCUCCUCAGCAAAAAGGCAAAGAAGGAGUCGACAGCGAGACUCUAGAGCAAGACUUGUGUACUUUCCUCAUUUCACGUGCUUGCAAGAACUCCACACUCGCCAACUACUUGUACUGGUACGUGAUUGUGGAGUGCGAGGAUCAGGACACACAGCAGAGAGAUCCUAAAACACACGAGAUGUACCUGAACGUGAUGAGGAGGUUCAGCCAGGCGUUACUGAAGCACGACAGGAGUGUGAGGGUGAUGCGCUCCCUUCUGGCUGCUCAGCAGACUUUUGUAGACAAACUAGUGCAACUCAUGAAAGCUGUCCAACGGGAGAGCGGAAACCGUAAGAAGAAGACGGAGAGGCUGCAGUAUCUGCUGGCAGACAACGAGAAGGUGAAUCUCUCCGACAUUGAGCCGAUUCCUUUGCCUCUGGAGCCCCAGAUCCGGAUCAGAGGGAUCAUCCCGGAGACGGCAACACUUUUUAAGAGCGCUCUGAUGCCGGCCAAGCUGAUCUUCAGAACCGAGGACGAAGCCAUGUACCCRGUCAUCUUCAAACACGGAGAUGAUCUGAGACAAGACCAGCUCAUCCUGCAGAUCAUCUCGCUCAUGGACAAGAGCUUCUUCAGGAAGCACGCGCCGAGUGAGAAGGGGCCGUACGGCAUCAGCUCGGAGGUGAUGGAUACAUACGUUAAAAGCUGCGCUGGUUACUGCGUCAUCACCUACAUCCUGGGAGUUGGAGACCGACACCUGGACAACCUGCUGCUAACAAAGACCGGGAAACUCUUCCACAUCGACUUCGGCUACAUUCUCGGCCGAGAUCCCAAACCGCUGCCUCCGCCCAUGAAGCUGAGUAAAGAGAUGGUGGAGGGGAUGGGGGGCAUGCAGAGCGAGCAGUACCAGGAGUUCAGGAAGCAGUGCUACACCGCCUUCCUCCACCUCAGGAGAUACUCCAACCUGAUCCUGAAUCUGUUCUCUCUCAUGGUGGACGCCAAUAUUCCCGACAUCGCUCUGGAGCCUGACAAGACGGUUAAAAAGGUGCAGGAUAAGUUCAGAUUGGACCUGUCUGAUGAGGAGGCCGUUCACUACAUGCAGAGUCUGAUCGAUGAGAGCGUGGGCGCGUUGUUCGCUGCUGUGGUCGAGCAGAUACACAAAUUUGCUCAGUAUUGGCGCAGAUGAACAAAGCAGACAAGCGACACGAGGCUGAAGUGGAUCCAACGUUUUUAUGCGUCACAAACGAGCGGUUGCACGGCUGUGGAGUGUUUUUUGCGUGUUUGUGUGAAGAAGAAAGAACCCAGUGACACUGUUUUUUUGUUUUGUUUUUUUAAAACAAGAAAGGCCAAGAUUGCACUGCCAACCUUUACUGCAAGAUGGCAAAUCAAGGACAUGUAAAUCUUUGUUUGCUCCUGUAUAUAAACUGUACAUUAAUUACUGAAUGACUGACUGAAUGAGGCCAAAAUAAAAUGCUGUUGUUACGACUAAA